UUGUGUUGUGUACAGUAGAUAACUCACAUUUAUGGAAUAGUGUACACUGUGAGUGUUGCAUGAAGUGAAUAUGUGUAAAAUCUAAUAUCCAUAUCUAAUAUCGUAUAGAAGUAGACUUAUUGUUGCUUUGCACCUAAAUGGUAAAGGGGCUGUACUUGUAUGACACGUUUCUAGUCUUCCGACUACUAAAAGUGCUUUAUUAUUAUUAUUAUUAUUAUGGAAAGUCGCUGACAUGGUUUAAGCCUCCUGGAGCCGACAGGACCCGGGUGGUAAGAGCUGGACGACGUGGGCCAGUGGAGCCAGAGAGCAAUUCAUGUUCAUCUUGAAGUCCUUCUUCUGACCCGGUCAACAUGAAGAUGACUUCCCGCCCCGAUCUGUGAUGUAAAAGAAGAACACAUGUUGUCCGUGUGGUUUGGUUGCUGACGAUGGAGGAGACAGGUGUGCGCUGAGGGCUUUACCAGCUGUAAAAGAAGCUCCAACGGUUCCACAACAAACCCGUUGGAGCAGAGCUGCCGGUCGGCUGCAGCCGGACACACGUUCCCCAUCACCACCUCGGCUUCAUGGCCGACCUCCCGCUGCACGAACGGCUCAAAGAAAGAACAACUUCCUGGUUCUGAAAUGGCUUCUAAGCGUCCGAUGGGCUCCACGUGUCGCGUCGCAGGAGUGCUGCUGCUGCUUCUGGCCAGCAUCGCUGCCCUUGUUGCUGUGGCGGUCAUCCAGGACACCUGGAGGUUCAAAGAGUACGGCUUGGAGUACGGCAUCGUGAUCGACUCGGGCUCGUCGCGCUCCAACGUGUACCUGUACGAGUGGCCGGGGGAGAAGCAGAACCAAACGGGAGUUGUGACUGAGAGGAUGAACUGCCGGGUGGCCGGUGCCGGUAUCUCAGAGAUGCAAGUCGACCCGAAGAAGGACGAAGCCUCGUGGAAUGGAUUCCGUGGAUGCAUGCUCAACAUCACUAAAGCCAUCCCUGUUGAGAAGCAGCAGAGCACGCUCCUCUUCCUGGGAGCGACGGCUGGAAUGAGACUGCUGCAUGAGAAGGAUGAACAGAAGUCCAAUGAAAUCCUGGGAAGUCUCAGAGAAUACCUGAAGACGCUGCCUUUCAGCUUCCAAAACGCUUCCAUCAUCACGGGUCAGGAGGAAGGGCUGUACGGCUGGGUCACGGUCAACUACCUCAUGGAAAACCUCCUCACGAAACACUUUUGGAACAUCUACGCACACCCAAAAGGGGAAAAGACCAUCGGGUCCAUGGACCUCGGGGGAGCGUCCACACAGAUUGCCUUCGCGGUCCAGGAGGAUCUCCAGGGACCGGACUACCUGCACGUCAAGCUGUACGGCUACCCGUACAACGUCUACACACACAGUUUCCUCUGCUACGGCAAAAAUGAGGCUGGGAAGAGGAUCCUGGACAAAAUAGUGAAGGGAUCAUCCGACCCCUCCUACAUUCUUAACCCUUGCUAUCCUGAAGGUUACAACAUCACCAUGAAGGCCUCGGCUAUUUACGACACCGAGUGCACAAAGAAGCCAAAGGACUACGACCCCGACCGAGAACUCCUGAUGGUGGGAACCUCCAGCUCCGACGAGUGCGGCCGCUUGGUGAAGUCCAUCUUUGAUUUCAAGACGUGUUCCUCGCCCCAGUGCUCCUUCGACGGGAUCGAGCAGCCGCCCGUCGAAGGAGAUUUUAUGGCAUACGCGGGGUUCUUCUACACCGUGAGAGCGCUCGGGAUUGAGGGAAUGUCAGAUCUGGAUAACUUUUACGACACCGUGAAGAACUUCUGCCAGUCCCAUUGGACAGUGCUGAGGGCAUCUGAGGAAAGGAAGAUGAUCUCUGAUGAUUACCUGAAGUCUUACUGUUAUUCGGGUCACUACGUCUCCUUAAUGCUGGUGAAUGGAUACAAGUUUGACAAAGAGACCUGGAAAAACAUUGUCUUCCAAAAAGAGGUCGAGAAAACCAGCAUCGGUUGGAGUUUGGGCUACAUGCUGACGAUGUCCAACAUGAUCCCGUCUGAAGUGAAAGAAAUCCACCCCCUGACCAACCCCGUGUUUGCCGGCCUCAUCUUUCUCUUCUCGGCCCUAACGAUCAUAACGGUUGUCUUUGUUUUCAUAUUCCUGGUUCGCGCUUGCUACUGAGAGCUCCGGCCACAGAGGAACGGUCGGCGAGUCGUGGGAGGUACGGCAGCGUUAGCCGAGGCGCUGUAUUUUUUCAGCCCGAGCUUUUUACUGCCCUCAAUUUCAAUCAUGAGGCCUUCAUGGAAACCCAAAGAAGAGCCUCAAGAUGAACCCGGUGUCCGUGUGUUCGCUCCGGACGUCGAGUCUGCGAGCGAGCUUCGCUUGUUGACUGGUUCGAUUGAGCCGUGACAAAACCCCUUUCAAAAUAAAAGAACAGAGUGCCUGAAUGAGGCACAGAUAACAUAACGAACCCCAGACGUGUCCACGACUUGUUCUCGUCGCACAUUGCGUAAUCUUAAAGUGCCGCGCUGCCUUUGCAUCGUGUGCUUCCAGACGUGGCCCCUGAGGGGAGCCAGGAGCCGCCUCUGUGUUCCACGUGUCAUUGAACUUCUCUCAGCACCCAGUGGGACGGCCCUCUGCCACGUACGUGUUUUAUGUCUAUACUGCAUUCUGUUUAUCAGGGAUCGCCGCGGUUGUCACGCGGCCGCUCUGCCGACGCGUGCCCUCCGCCGCAUGAAGGAGGAGCUCCUACCUCGCCGGGUGAUGGACGUUAUUACCUUCGCAUUGAAAAUGCGGAAGGUAAUAACGUCGCCGUGUAUUUGUAUGUGUGCGUGCGUGUUACUCGCAUAACUCAAAAAGUAUUAAACCGAAUCGCAUGAAAUUUGGUGGGAUGAUUGGUUAUUAUCCGGGGACCAGUUGAUUAGAUUUUGGGAUCGAUCGGGUAAAAGGUCAAGGUCAAGGUCAUGGAAAGGUCAAAAUAUUCUUUUUACCAUAGCGCGGUCAAUUUUCAUCCAAUUGGCAUGCAACUAAUGCCAAAAUGUUCAUAAUUCAAUGCCCAAUCUUGUGAUAUGCGAAGGUAUGCGCUCUACCGAGUGCCCGUUCUAGUUUACGGUGCUUUGAUGUGAAGUCUUGUUUUUGAAGCCCCGCCCCCUGCCUCUGGUUGGCCGGUCCGCGGGGCUUUGUGAACAGAACGGGUCCAGCUCAGUGUGGAUGAACAGGAUCGGAUCAUUUCUUCUCACAUGUGGAUGUUUUCACCGGGGUGACGGCCGUCUUGCAUCGUGCUCCAAUAUAUCAUAUGAAUGUCCCGAUUAUGAGAGAUGCACAUUGAAUGAAAUAAUAAAAGAUUAAACUGCAGAGCCGUUGUAGAGUGAUGUUUUGUUGUGGUUUCAUAACUGAAAUGAAUAGUGUCGUGUAUUUUCAUAUUACUCUUAAAAGAUACAGCUAGUUUAUAGAUCUGAGGCCUACAAGGCCUCAAGCAUAUUUGGAGGGAAAAGCUCUUUUGUCAUCAAGCUGGCGCGACAGUUCACAGCAGGGAACGGCGCCAUAGAUCCAUAUUUGGUGGCCAACGUGCCGGAGAGGAAGGGGGGCUAUGGGGAUUCUUUGGGGAGCCUAUAGAAUCGAACAUGAGACCUCCCCUCUGUCUCUUGUCUAUAUAAACUGUAAACACACAUAUCUCCGUUGAAUUCCUGAUACACGACCCGUGGAUUCCCAGCCGUUCGAACGAAGCGUCUGUUUUACUUUGUACUUUGAAAGAAUAAACUUCGUGUUCUUUGA